GUACCAAUAUCAAUAUCAGUACCAAUAUCAAUAUUGAUGAUAUCAGUACCAAUACCAAUGCCAGUACCGAUAUUGAUCCCUUCUGUUCAGGUGGACGCUCGGAACAUUGACGGCAGCACUCCUCUGUGUGACGCCUGUGCCUCGGGCAGCGUGGAGUGCGUGCGGCUGUUGCUGGCGCAUGGCGCCAAGGUGAACCCUCCGCUCUACACGGCGUCACCGCUGCACGAGGCCUGCAUGAACGGGAGCUCGGAGUGCGUGCAGCUCCUCAUCGACGUGGGCGCCAACCUGGAGGCUCACGACUGCCACUUCGGGACUCCGCUGCACGUGGCCUGCGCGCGCCAGCACCUGCGCUGCGCCAAGCUGCUGCUGCAGGCGGGUAUGUACGGUGUUCCUG